CCAGAAUGCCAGCUUCAGCCCAGGGCGGGGACAAGUGUGAUUGACAUUGCCUUCGCCAAACCACUCUGGCUCAGAGCAUCCUCCGGCCAAUGAAGCGAAGGGGGAGUUGCUGAGAGACAUCGCCUUGCAGCUGGUCUGGGGCUGCAGUGAAGAUGGCGCGGGAGUCGGAGAGAGUGGUGGAUUACCUGACUGAGGUGGAGUUGCUGGCAGAGAGCGUGAUAGCAGACAAGCAGCAGAUCAUUAGUCUGGAUGCGAAGAGACAUCAAAACCGAGAAGCACUGAGAGCACUGCACAAUAGCAGCAAACAAACAGUGUGUGCUAGGAUGGCUUCGUCGUGUCGCAAGCCUUCCCCGUUAGUUUUUGAUGCUGACAUCGCGGAGCGAUGGGAGACGUUUGUAAUGGACUACAAUCAUUAUGUGAACAUCGCACACCACAAUGACCCUCCUGCUCUCAGAGCAUCCUUGCUGCUGAAUCUCGCUGGUCCUGAUGCCAUGAGGAGGGCUAACUCGUUUGAAUACCGUCCAGCAGUCAUGGACGCGGCUGACCAGGUUGUUGAGCCUGCUGAAUCUCCUAACGACCCUGCCUGUCUACUGAGAAAGUUUACGGAGAUCUGUGACCUGCCUUCAAAUCGAAUCUUGGAGCGAACACGUUUGUUCUCCCGCAAGCAGCAGCCUGGGGAGCCGGUGGAAUGUUUCAUUGCUGACCUCCGCCACCUGUCGCAGCGCUGUCGUUUUGGUGAGUUGCGUGACGAGCUCACGCGGGACAUACUGGUUAAUGGAAUGCUUGAUCAAAAGCUGCGAACUGAUUUAAUGCGGAAACCUGACCUCACGUUAAAUGAAGCUGUGCAUGCCUGCCGGUUGGCUGAGGUCGUUACUCCGGUCAGUGGGGAGAGAGGUUCUGGGAACCGCACCAUCGCUGUGGCUACUCUGUCCGUGCCACGAAGGGCACCUAGCAAUUCCAGACCACAGUCUCGCCCCCAUUUUGCCCCCCGCCCCCAGGGUGCCAGAAAGUGCCCUAAUUGUGGAUAUGGUCACUUGCCACAGGCUGCUUGUCCUGCUAUCGGAAAAGCCUGUAACUACUGCAGGAAGCUUAACCAUUUCGCGUCCGUCUGCCGUUCCCGUGGGAACGUGGCUCAGCCACCUCGCCAGGUGCUCAACAAUCUCCAAAGGAUCGACGAUGUCCUUGAUUCUCAGCUUGAAGAGGAUUCCGCCCUCGAGUCCGACUCCAGCAUUUCGAUGGGGGAUGCUAGUGUUUACGCUCUGCUGCACAACCAGACUCGACUCCCCGAUCCAUCGGUGCUAGUCACUGUCAAUAACAAGACCUUCACAGCGAAGUUGGAUACGGGUGCGAAGGUCAGUGUAAUUUCAACAAAGCUCUUCCACAAGAUAAGAAAUAAUGAGCAACUGUCUGCUGAUCGCUCAGUGCUGCGAGCCUACGGUGGGGAGGAGCUGACUCCUGUGGGGAGGGUAACUUUCCACUGCAAGCUACAGAAGACAUCUCGUGAUUUAUCGUUUUUUGUUUUGGACUGUGAUUGUGUGCCUCUGCUGAGUAAUCAGGCUUGCCAGGAUCUGGGCCUGGUUGCAUUUGACAGUACUGUCCAUGAGGUGCGGGUAAAGUUAGACCCCGUGUCCGAAUACCCCGAUCUUUUCGAUGACAAGUUGGGGAAGUUACCUCUCGUAUACAAGAUUGCCAUUGACUCAUCUGUCACCCCAGUGUGCCGUCCGUCUCAUAGGGUUUCGUUUGCGAUGAAGGACAAGGUCAAAGCUAUGCUAGACAAAAUGGUGAACCUGGGGGUCCUGGAAGCUGUCAGCGAGCCCACCAGCUGGGUGUCCACCAUGGUCGCAACCAUGAAGAAGGGCAAGAACGAGAUUCGGGUCUGCAUCAACCCGAAGGACUUGAAUACUGCCAUAAAGAGACCACACUACCCUAUGCGGACUGUCGAGGAUGUAGCUGCCCAGGUGGGCCAAGCCACCGUGUUUUCUGUUCUUGAUGCCAGAAGCUCCUUCUGGCAGAUUCCUCUGCACAGCAAGUCGUCCGACCUAACUACUUUCGCUACGCCUUUUGGGAGGUACAAGUUCCUCAGAAUGCCUUUCGGGAUUAGCUCCGCCAGUGAGGUUUUCCAGCGCUCCAUGGAGCAGUUGUUUGCCGGGCUCCCAUGUGCCAUCAUUGUAGAUGACAUCCUUGUGUACGGCCGGGAUGUCGAGGAGCAUGACCGUAAUCUCCGCCGGGUCCUCGACCGCGCUCGUCAGAUAAACCUCAAGCUGAAUCCCUCCAAGUGCCGGUUCCGGCUGUCUGAGGUCUCCUACGUCGGACACAUUUUCACCUCUCAGGGUCUGAAGCCCGACCCUGCUAAGACUACGGCUAUUUCAGAUUUUCCUGCCCCUGUUGAUGUUGCAGGUCUGCAAAGAUUUCUCGGGAUGGUGAACUAUUUGGGCAAGUUUAUCCCGCGCCUCAGUGAACUCAGUGCGCCGCUGCGCCUUCUGACCAAGAAGGACGUUGCCUGGUCAUGGAGCCCGCAGCACCAACUGUCUUUUGAUGCUUUGAAAAAGAAGCUGAUUGACACUCCAGUACUGCGAUUCUUCGACCUCAAGCUGCCGAUUGUCGUGACCUGUGAUGCUUCCCGUUUUGGCCUCGGUGCUGCCUGCAUGCAGAUCUGCGAAGGUGAUUCUCUGCUGCCUGUCUCGUUUGCCUCUCGCACCAUGACUGACACGGAGCAGAGGUAUGCUCAGAUCGAGAAGGAGCUCCUGGCUGUGGUGUUUGCCUGUUCGAAGUUUCGGGAUUUUCUUUACGGUGUGCGGUUCACAGUCGAAACGGACCACCAGCCGCUGGUUACUAUACUCAAUAAGCCCAUUCAUGCUGCCCCGGCCCGUUUGCAGCGGAUGAUGUUACAGCUGCAACGUUUUGAAUUUGACAUAGUGUACAAGAAGGGCACGGAAAUGCAUGUUGCUGAUGCCCUGUCGCGGGCGCCUUUGUCCUCCUGUGCACAGCAUCCAUAUGAACAAUCUGAUCUGCAUGUCCUCAACGUGAAUUUCGUCCCAUCGAAGCAGUUGCAGACGCUGAUUGAGCACACCGCUGUGGACUCUGACUUGCAGCAGCUGUCUGCUGUUAUUCUGCGUGAUUGGCCCUGCAAGCCACACUCCCUGCCUGCUGCCGUGAGGCCGUUCUUCCUGGCUCGGGACGAGCUCGUACUUCGGGAUGGUAUUGUCAUUAAGGGUCACAAAGUUGUUAUUCCUGCCUCGUUAUAUGCGCCUACUAUACUGUAGGUAUGUUACAAAACCUACCUGAAUCGCCAUUGGGAAUCUGCCCACAGCCAGGUCCGCGAUUUUGGCGCUGUUUGGAGGGGGCGGGUUUAAAACGCGAUUUUUACUAGGCUGUACUAAUCGCAGAUGUUCAGCCUAGUAAAUCAUUAACGAAAAAUCGCUGCAAGACCCGGUCGCAAAAGGUAUUAUUAGUUUUAUAGGCCUCGAUAAUAUAGUUAUAAUAGUUUAAAAUUACUCUCUGAUUCCGCAACAUCUCGCAGCCCCAGGGUUUUAUAAAGCAAACAAUUAAAGGUAUGUACCUUAUUUUUACAUUAAAUGGGGCAUAUAUAUAACCCUAUAUAUCAAGUUAUCUAUAGCGAGUAGUUCAUUUUGGGCUUUUUAUAUCCCGCAGUAUUUUUCUCGGCAUUUGAGGGCACUAAUCCAGCGCGCUGUCAACAUUCUAAACCAGCGCGCGUUCACAUGAACCCACUAGAAAGCAGAUUUAAAUGGGCAUUUAUUUACAGCAAUUGAACACUAAAUUCCUUCCAUUUGGCCUAUAAAUUAAUGUAAAUUAGAUAUAAAAAUCAUGUUAUAUUGUGAAUUAUUUGUGAAUAAUCUUUGGACACUUAGGCUAUUUAAAAAUGUUAAUCUUUCCUUAAGAAAUGAGCCUUUGAUUAUCCAAGAUCACAGCUUUUUUGUAAUGUCCAUUGAAAAUCAAUAGGGAACAAGAUGCUAAUUUCCGAGUAUGAAAAUGGCCAUAACUUUUUUAAUACUUGAGAUAUGAAAGUGAAUUUGGUGUCAAAUUAAACUUAUUGUUAUGCUUUAUCUGAUGGGAUAAAUUGCAGACUUGAUUUUUAAAAUCUCAAAAUUUUGUAACAUUGCUAUAUACUGCUGCACACUCCGGACACCCGGGCGCGGACGCAACCGUUGCCCAUGCCCAAGGGCAAUACUAUUGGCCUGCUAUGGCCAAGUACAUCAAGGCUCGUGUUGCUGCGUGUGCUGCAUGCAACUCCACGGCCCCUCACCAUCAACGACAGCCCCUGCUACAACAGCCGGCACCUGAAAUGCCCUGGUCUUCACUGGCCGCCGAUAUCUUUGAGUGGCGUGGGAAGAAUUAUCUGGUACUUGUUGACUCGUAUUCAUCUUGGUUUGAUGUGGACCUUCUUCCCACCAUCACCUCAGAGAUGGUCACCAGUGAAGCUUCAAACUGACAACGGCCGGCAGUUUACUAGUGCUGAAUUCGCUGCUUUUGCGACUAAGUGGAACUUUGCCCAUUACACUAGCAGUCCGGAAUUCCCUCAGAGCAACGGGCUGGCAGAACGUGCUGUGCGCAGUGCCAAGACUUUGUUGGAGCAGUCUCGUUUAUCAAAUUGUGAUUUUUACCAAGGACUUUUGAAUUUGCGCAAUGUUUCUCGCGAUGGGGUUUUGGGUUCUCCUGCCCAACGGCUCAUGUCUCGCGUCCUCCGUCCUCCUAUGCCUAUUUCUCAACAAUUGCUGACUCCUGCGGUUCGUUCCCCUGAGGCGGUCCACCGCCGCAUCUCUCAUCGCCAUGAGAUCCAGCGCCGGUCUCAUGACAAGUCUUGUCGUCCUCUACCUUCCCUCUCCGCGGGCCAGGUGGUUCGCAUGCAGACUCCUACCGGUUUUUCCAAGCUUGUAACUGUUGUAGGGCUGGCUGACUCCCCUCGCUCCUAUUUGGUGGAUUACGAGGGCACUGUAUAUCGUCGCAGUCGCCAGCAUUUGCGUGCUGUCCGUGAGCCUCCUCCGCCGAUCCCUUUCCCGUACACAUCCACUCCUUCACCUGUCUCUCCCCCUCGGGCUAUCCCAUGUGCCCCUGCUGUCAUUCCUGCGGCUACCCUACCCGCUCCUGUGAAACCUGAUUUCGGUUCUCCUGUUCUUUCCCCACGGUCCUCUCCUGUCAGUUCUCCUUUUUCGUCCUCCCCUUCUAGUUCGUCUCUUGCCUCGCCGGUUUCUAGUCCCCGACCUGCUUUACUGCCUGUUCCGUCCCCCCGAUCUUCGCUGCCUUUGUCUUUGGGAGAGGGGAGUGAGGGUGCUGUACGGACCCGCUCUGGCAGAGUUGUGCGGGCCCCUGAUCGGUAUGGUGAUUAUGCUUAGUUUGGGAUGUUCACUUACCAUUAUUGUUAUUAUGUGCAGGUCUGUAUAAUUGCCUGCUGCUGCUGUUUAUCUUACGGGAAGGGAUGUAGAUGGUUAUGCAUGCAACCAUAUAUGUAACUACCUCAUUAGCAUAUCGUCCCUCCCACAUUCUAUAGUAUAACUGUAGUGUCUGCAUGUUCCCUCCCUGUUAGGUUCCAGUACGUGUGUAGACCAGUUGUGGUUAGUACUGGAACGUGUGUUAUUAGUGCUUGAAUAAAGACUUAGUUAAAGGA